GCAGCCCUCCGCGCGCUCUUCCGGCCAUUCAUACGGCUUGUCUGGGAGUCUUUGGGGCCUGAAUUCCGUGUCCGGAGGGCUGCUGCAGCGCUAGGAUGAAGCUCGUGAGAUUUUUGAUGAAAUUGAGUCAUGAAACUGUAACCAUUGAAUUGAAGAAUGGAACACAAGUCCAUGGAACAAUCACAGGUGUAGAUGUUAGCAUGAAUACACAUCUUAAGGCUGUGAAAAUGACCCUGAAGAACAGAGAACCUGUACAGUUGGAAACAUUGAGUAUUCGAGGAAACAACAUUCGAUACUUUAUUCUACCAGACAGCUUACCUCUGGAUACAUUACUUGUGGAUGUUGAGCCUAAGGUGAAAUCUAAGAAGAGAGAAGCUGUUGCAGGACGAGGUCGAGGCCGAGGUAGAGGAAGAGGACGUGGUCGCGGCAGAGGAAGAGGGGGUCCUAGGCGAUAAUGUCUUUCAAGAUUACUUCCAAAGUGAUAUGGAAUUGGGGGAUAUUUUUUGUACAGGUUUUGUUUGUCAGUUUUUAAUAAACUUAAGUGUGGGAUGAAGUUUUCUGCUGAUUAUCAAAUCAAAGUUAAAGUGUCUCCUGUAUACUCAGCACAGUAUGUUCAAUUCCUGGUGAAACAUGUGUGCACUGAUGAACAUGCAUUAAAUUUCUUUGAGUCCAUUAUAUGGUACCCCUUUUGAGAUGAAAUAAACUCUUGGUAUUUCAACAGAG